CCUCUCCCGACCAGCAGGGGUCGCUGGCGGGCACAUCACCCAGAAACCCGCUCCUCUCCCGGAAGAGGAGGGCCGAGGGAAACGACGCUAGAAAAAACAGUAUUUGUUGUAGACUGUCCACAAAGUGGUGAGAGUUUUCUUUUGCUAUCUAGAUAAUCCAGGUAGUUAGGCCAGUACCAGCAGCCUCGGUGUAUCGGUAGGAGGACCAGCCUCGUCGUGUAACCAUAGAGACCAGAGACCAGAGACCAGAGAUGUCCGUCGCGCCUCCCAGUCGCUCCGCCACCGGCUGGCCGCGCAGCGGGGCCGGACAGUUCGGCAACAAAUACAUCAGCGGGCCCGCUAAACCACUCAGUCUGGAGAGGACCAUCAACCUGUACCCUCUAACCAACUACACAUUCGGCACCAAGGAGCCUCUGUAUGAGAAGGACAGCUCGGUGGCUGCUCGGUUCCAACGGAUGCGGGAGGAGUUUGAUAAAAUGGGAAUGCGGAGGACAGUGGAGGGUGUCCUCAUUGUCCAUGAACACAGGCUGCCUCAUGUGCUGCUGCUGCAGCUGGGCACCACUUUCUUCAAACUGCCCGGGGGAGAGCUGAGUCCUGGAGAAGAUGAGGUGGAGGGUCUGAAACGCCUCAUGACGGAGAUCCUUGGACGGCAAGACGGCGUGAAGCAGGACUGGGUGAUCGACGACUGUAUCGGCAACUGGUGGCGCCCAAACUUCGAGCCUCCACAGUAUCCAUACAUUCCAGCUCACAUCACCAAACCUAAGGAGCAUAAGAAGCUAUUCCUGGUUCAGUUGCAGGAAAAAGCGCUGUUUGCCGUCCCCAAGAACUAUAAACUGGUGGCAGCACCUUUGUUUGAACUGUAUGACAACGCUCCUGGAUAUGGACCAAUCAUUUCCAGUCUACCACAGCUAUUGAGCAGGUUCAACUUCAGUUACAACUAACAUGAGUGAACAGAAGUACGUCUGGCUGUCUCUGUGAGUGCAGUCCUGUGUGAGUGAAGAUGAGAGACUGUGGAGAAAAAAAACACUUCUCAUCUUUAGCUCAACUUUCACAAAAGAAAAGCUUGUCAUGUCAGGUAUAUUGACAGUUCACAGGUGUUUAUACAGUUACAAGAAGAAAAUGAAAAAAUGUCAUGCGUUUGUCUUUUUUUUAAAUAUUGAGACACUGCUAGUUUUUGUAGUACACAAGUCUAUUCCAGUGUGUGUUAAGAAUCUGAUCUUAUGUUCUCUCAGAGGAGGCCAAUGUUUGAUAAAAAAACAAAAAAAACUCCAUCAUUGCGUUUCCUGUUGUUUUAACCUGUAACAAUGCUGUGUUUCUUUCCUUUUUAAUAAAGCAGUCCUUUGAA